AUGAAUGCUGUCGACGCCUCGUCGCAUGAGGAGGUCGCCGACACAGCCGAGGCUCCAUCUCUGCUAACCAUCAUCCUCGACACCAAUCCACACGCUUGGGGCCUGCUAUCGUCCACUCUACCGCUCUCGACCUUGAUCGCGAACCUCCUAGUCUUCAUCAACGCUCAUCUCGCCAUCAACAACUCCAACCAAGUCUCUGUAAUCGCUUCACAUUCGGACAGCGCUCGCUUCCUCUAUCCCACCACCCAUGACGACCUCAAAGUACCACACGGCCACGCCAACGAUGUCCAGAAUGAUGCCAACAAGUACCGUCCUUUUGCGCAAUUGGAGAAGGCCUUGACUACAAAUCUACGUGCCUUGCUGUCCACAACAACUCCCGACCACCUCAAAGCCUCUACAUCAACAAUGCUGUCUGGCGCUCUCACUCUUGCCCUGACAUACAUGGCCAAAGCCACCUUGAACAACCCAGCAAGAGCAGGAGAUGGAAGUUACGAUGCCACAAAUACUGCUGGUACAUUCACAACUACCAGUGCGGACGGCACAACACAACCUAGCCACACAGGUCUACAGAGCCGCAUCUUGAUUCUCAGUGUCAGCGGAGACAUUGCAGACCAAUACAUUCCCAUCAUGAACACCAUAUUUGCAUGUCAACGUCUCGCAAUACCUAUCGAUAUCUUGACUUUGUCUGCCCAUUCGAACGCCGAAUUCUUGCAACAAGCUGCCGACGCUACGGGAGGUGUCUACAUGGCCCUGGGUAACCGCGUGGCUGGCCUUUUACAAGUUCUCAUGAUGGGUUAUCUUCCAGACGCUACUGCACGAAAGAAUCUCGUCAAUGCUGGUGAGAGUGAAGGUGUUGACUUCCGCGCUGCCUGUUUCUGCCAUCGUAAUAUCGUCGACUUGGGAUAUGUCUGCAGUAUCUGCUUGUCAAUCUUUUGCCAACCGCCUCCUGACAACAACUGUCUUACCUGCGGUACAGCUUUGUCAUUAUCAGGUCAUGCUGCCAAACCAGUCGUCAUUCCUCGCAAAAAGAAGAAGAAGAGAAAGCUUGAUGGAGCUACACCAGCAGACUCACCUACUCCAGGUCCCGAUACACCGAGAUGA